AUGGCGUUGCUAGAAAAAUAUGAAAUCGUCUCGAGUAAAAGGCGAAUACAAUUCAAGCCUACUGAUUCGAACAAACAAUUAACUGAUGUUGUGGCAGAUUUAUUGGGAUCAGAAAAAGCCAUGGGAAAAUAUCAGACCGUAUCUUCACGAUUAAAAUCACCCAAAUUAGCUCCUACUUCAAAGCAAUUAUCGUUGCAUGAAACUGUUUCAUUCGAUGAGAAGGAUCCGAAAGACCCCAUUGCUCGUGUUGAAGCAUUAUCUGCAUAUAUUAAUUCUUUCCCAAUACAUUUACCGGAUGAUAUCGAUAAUGAACAUUUUAUCGAAAGUUUGAACAAUUUUGAACAAGCACACUCUUUUUCUGCAAAAUACCUUCCCCAUAAAUAUAUAAAAAAUGAAUUUUCACAAAAUUUUGGUGAUAUUCAGAGUAAUAAAACAUAUUGUCGGAAACAAAGCACAAUAAACGAAGUGGUUGAAUCAUCUUUUGCGUAUGGAAGAGCAUGGGAUGCCUAUUGUCUUGGAGAAAUCAUUCAAAAUAUACAUUCCGCUGUAAAAAAUGAUGCUGGAAUGUCAACUCUUUCAGCACAUCAACAUCAGAAUGAAGUGUAUCCAAAUGAUUUUUGUAAGUUACCUCUUUCCGUGCAAAAAGUUGUGUCAUCAUUAAUGUCUCCAAAUUGGAAACAACGACCUUCGAUCGAUGCUUUGCUUUAUUCAUCCGUUCCUGUUCUGGGUUUAUAUGAUGAGGGUUUGACCCUACCAUUGCCGGAAUGUGUUCCUGAAAUCUAUGAAUUCUUGACCGAUUUUCAUAGGGUAGACUGGAUUGGCAGAUUAAAACUUACAGAACAUUGGAUGGAUAGACUUUGCAAUCUUAUCGAUGAGGCUUUUUUCAUGAUUUUACCAAGCAUAGUGUUAAUGUUUACAGUUGACAUUAUAAAAAUUGAAGCAUUGAAUAUUUUUUCAAGUCUCGGACGAAGAUUGGGUCAAGAUGACACAAAGACUUACCUUUUGAAACCAAUAAUUUCUUUAUUUGAAUCAUCACGUCCGUCUAUACCUAAAGCGUUAUUUCAUCCCGCCAUUGUUGCAGAGUUUGUGUACCGAUUUGGCAUUACGAAUUUCUUGCAACAACUUUUCCCUCUUUAUUUAGAAGCACUAACUGUUGAAGAUAAUAUUUCACCCUAUGAUUUUAAUGACGCAAAACUUUCAGUUGUACAAAAAUCAAAUUCUUUAAACGGUAGUAUUGCAAGCCCAGCUUCUGCACCUGACGAUCCAUCAAGCUUGGAUCAUGCAUUACCAUUAGUGGCACAGUUUGCGAAUUCUGCUUUAGUUGACAUUUGUACACUUAUAGGGCCUAUUUUGGCAUCUAAACAUAUAAUGAGACAAAUUUACAAAUUGUUACUCAAAGAAAGUUCGACAUUACCCUUUUUGAUGCAGUCAAUACUUUCAAUUGUUAUUUCAGUGAUUCAGCAAUAUAGUUCGUUUCCUAUGAACAAGAGAAAUUAUUCUAUAUUAUGUAAUCAUUUGUUUCUCCUGGAAAAGCUCACCACAUUAAUGCCAACGCCUAAAGUAUUAGCCGAAAUGGAAUCUGGAUUCUCUGAUACUUUAAUAAAACUUUUAGUUCAAUUCAAUUAUGAUGAUUCUCUUAAUCAAAACAAUAAACCUGCAGGAAAAGACUCUCUUAAAGGCACAAUUAAUAUAUUAAAAAAUAAAUUAUCUAUUAGUAUGAAAAGCGCAGAAUUCUUGCUGCAUGUUUGUAAUAAUGUUGAUAAAGCAGAUUGGGAGCGUAAUAUUGCACCAAUAUUACAAAAAUAUUUUGAAACUUUCGAAAAAUCUUUAGAAAGUUUGGGCAUGGAAGAAUUCGAGCAAGAAAGGAAUAAACAGAUUAUAUAUACAUACUCACAAUUAUGUAUUCUGUUUGAUCAAGAAUCUGUACGGGAAGCUAUUCCUGCUAGUGAGGCAAUUGAGUAUGCAAUGAUUGGUUCAUCUAAACUAAGUGUUUUAUCAUUUUCGCGGUCACCAGUGCGGUCACCACCCGAUAAUCAUUUCUCCAGUGAUCGGGUUAGCAUCGCAUCAAGAGCAUCAUCUCAAGAUAAAGGUGCUAGCACCACAAAUACACCUAGAUUUAUUGUAAAUUUAGAAGAUAAAAAGCAUCUAACUUUAAAUACUGGCAUCUUACCGACAAAAGAAGUUACAACUACAAUCUCAGCUACCACUACGUCGAAUAAAACUUUUACAUUAUUUGCAGGUGAAGGUGCUAGUAGAAAACUAUAUGAUAUUAAUCAUCAAGCUGCUAGUGGGGUGUCUAUAAAAAAUGUUGCCUCAUCUGUGAAAAGUAAUAGUUUACCAAGUGCCGGAUCCGCUAAAAAAUCAAAAUUGAAAGGAAUUAACCUGUCCUGGAGAACAAAAAGCUCAUCUAAUGAAGACUUAAAGAACUGGACCCGUUUUUUAUCAACAAAUUCAGAAGAAAUGUCAAAUUCAUUACAAUUUACUUUUAAUGACUUGAAGCUUCGCACUUUUUCUGGGCACUCAUCAGCUAUUCGUUCCUUUGACGUUAAUGAACAUACUCGACUAAUAGCUUCUGGUUCAAAAGAUCGCACUGUAAAACUUUGGUCACUAGAUUUUCAUAAUGGAAUAGAAAAUUCUGAUAAUGAACCAUUUUCUGAAUGUUUGAUUACAUAUAAUGGACAUAGAAAAUCUACAAUUACCGACGUUCAUUUUAUUAGUGGACGAGGGGGUGAAACUGGACAAAUAUUACAUCAGUAUAGAAAUGAUAGAUCUCCAUAUUUAUCUGUCAAGCCGAUAUUUAAAUCUAGAUCUCUCGUUGGUGGAUUAAAAGAUACUUCAAUCGCAUUCUUUGAUACCACGACUUAUAGCCUUUUGUAUUCUUGGAAAUCUUGCCCUGCGUUUGCUGGCGACAUACGUGUAAUAUGCGUGAGUCCAUCUGAAACAUUAAUAGCAAUUGGAUUUAUUAGUGGAGUAAUAUCGUUACUAGAGUCAAGGACUGGUACACUAAUUAGAAGUUGGAAAGCUGGUGACACAGAAAUAGCUCAUAUGAAAUUUUAUACAAAUAAUUAUCUUGUAUCGUGUGCACCAGCUGACCAUUUGAUUUGUAUAUGGGAUACUAAUACUGUUUCAUUGAUUAAUAAGAUUCGAGUUAAUUCCGACAUUGUAUCACUGAAUUUAUAUAAAGAUGAAGUUAUUACUAUUAAUAGUAGUAACGUUAUUACAUUCACUCCGUUGAAUGAUAAU